AUGACUGAUUCAACAAACAUUGUGAAACGUUUAGAAGAAAUUGGAUGUCAAGGUCUUUCUAGCUUUGAGGUCGAUCGAAAUAAAAUUAAAUGGGGAAACGACUUCGAGCAUCUCAAGAAGUUCGUUCAUGAUUGCCUUGGAAUCAAUGGGAAAUGGUCUUCUCCUGGCGGGGGAGCAAAACGUUUUAAAGCACAAGACGACAAUUUCAGCAUAAACUGGUAUUUUAAGAAGCAGUCAACGCUACUUUUCCAGAGAUGUUUAGGAGAAGUUUUUAAGAACAAAAUAAUAGAGCUACUUAGCGAAGAAACACAGAAGAAUGGAGCUGUCGAAACCGUAGGGGAUUCUGUGAUUCAAAAUCAAAGUCAAAACGAAGUCAUCAGUGUCAGUGAAACGACCCAAGAGAGCUUUCUGAACACAUCUGACGAUAUUUCCCAAAACAAUCCAUGCAAGGAUUCAAACACCUGCCAGAAAAGUCAACCUACUUCCACCGUAUGUGGUUGUAACUGCAAAUCAUUGGCAACAGAUAUCGCAGGUAUUCAACUUGAUAUGAUAAUUCUACAGAACCGUGUGGAGGGAAUGUUUAAUGCAAAGACUAACAUUUCUCCAAACGAAGAAGUAAUGGCGAAGCUCCAGCUUGAACUUAAACAACAACAGCACAGAAAUCAAAUGCUUGAAGAUCGUGUAAAAGCAGCUGAACAAGAGAGAGACUCGCUCCUCUUAGCUUUAAAGCUCAUUUAUACACAAGAUCAACGCCAUUCCCAUGAAAAACAAAUUAAUGCUAAUGACCGGGAUGACUUUCAACAACCGAAUCGAGAUACCCAUGCAAUCCCGCUUAAAAAUCAAUUCUCUUCUCUUGCUGUCGAGGAGACAAGUGAAAGCGUAUCUGCUUCAACGACAAACCUCGAAAAUCAAUCUACAAGGAAGCGUGUUAAAGAAGAAAUUGUUCUUAUUGGUGAUUCAAUAGUGAAACACAUCGACCCUCGAAAACUUACAAAGAAAAAAUUUAUAAAUUUACAUACCCAGGGAAAACUGUCGAAGAUAUUGAAAAGGAACUUAACAUUAUAUUAA